AUGCCAAACGGUCAGCAGGUGUCUGUGCUGGGGACUCCAGCUGAGGAGGAUGGUGGAGGAAAAAUAGACCUAAUAAGAGAGGGAGCCUUUCAAAACAUGGAUGUUGUGUUCAUGGCCCACCCCUUGCAGGAUGACGCUCCGUAUCUCCCGCAUGUGGCUGAACAUGAUGUAACUAUCAAGUAUCGAGGUAAGGCGUCUCAUGCCUCAGCGUACCCCUGGGAGGGAGUAAACGCGCUGGAUGCAGCCGUGCUGUGCUACAACAACCUGUCUGCGCUCAGACAGCAGAUGAAGCCAGACUGGAGAGUUCACGGGAUCAUAAAGCGCGGUGGAGAGAAACCAAACAUCAUCCCUGCCUACACUGAGCUGGAGUACUACCUGAGGGCCCCCUCACGGGCUGAGCUGUCCGUCCUCAAGGCAAAAGCUGACAUGUGUUUCAGAUCAGCUGCUGUGGCCACUGGCUGUCAGGUUGAAGUGGAGUAUGCAAGAAACGCUUUUGACAACAUAUUGCGAAAUCCAACGCUGGAAGAUUUGUAUGAGAACAAUGGAAAGACUCUGGGGAUGGAGUUCACCACCGAUGAAGAAGUCCUUAACAAUGCUAGCGGCUCCACAGACUUUGGCAAUGUGUCAUUUGUAGUCCCUGGUAUCCAUCCAUACUUCUACAUCGGUUCUAAGGCCCUGAGCCACACAGCAGAGUACACUGUGGCCUCUGGUGAUGACAGAGCUCAGGUCUUCACCCUGAGGACGGCUAAGGCUCUGGUGAUGACGGCCCUGGAUGUGCUGCUGCGUCCAGAGCUGCUGCAGAGGGUGAAGCAGGAGUUCACUGAGGCCACGCUGAAGGAGGACAGGAGGCUGACGGGAGAACACACAGAGCAGUCUGCAAAACACUGAGGAUGCAGAUCUGACCACCACUGAGCUCCCUGAUCACUGACCGCACAGCGGCCUCUGGGAGACUCGUUGCUGUUGUCAAACGCAGCAUCCACGAAUGAAAAAAAAUCUGCUGCAUUAUUGCUUUUUUCAUACCAUGCUAAAGUUAAGAGGAAGAAGGCAAUGAGCAACUUAACAAAAAAUGUCCAAAACUUUAGCAGGAAAUUUACAAAAUGUUCCAUUCAAAUUCAACUUUCAACUUUCAACUUUAUUGUCCCCUGAGGGAAAUUUGUUUUGCAACCAGGUAAAACAAAAUACAGAAAAAAAACACCACAGAGUCAGCCUAAAAAAUCUAUCAUUUUUGUAUCUUAAAUUCUUUUUUAAGCUUGACUGUAAUAUCUGUACCUGGAGAACUGAUAAACACUCUGGUGCUUUUACAGCAAUGUGUAUUAAUAUGAAUUUUCCCUGUUAGAUAAACAAAUAAAUAAAAUACCCCAAUGUAAGAAUACUGCAUUACAAGAAAAUUCCCGCAUUCAACAUUUGUUUUGUAUUAUCAACAAAAAUUUAAAGUUUCACAUGCAAUCAGUUAAGUUGAGACUUGAUCAGACAGGAACAGACCUUUUUUCCUGCAUUGCAGAUGUAUUAUGGCACUUGUAAAGCACAACUAUAGAAACCAAAAAGGGGUGUUUUGAAUAUGAGAAAUAAUGACGUGUAACUGUUAAGUUGUACAUUCAUAGGACCAGCCUCAGUUGUACUAUUUUCAGAUUUGCCUAUUAUGUUUAAAUUCAAAAUGCCAAUCAUUGCCCAGGGGUCUAACCCCCCCAUGUUUUUGAGAAAUUACAUUACAGACCAUUUUAAAAUGAAAAUGUAUUGCAAUUACACACUGCUGCAGCUCUUUAAAACUGGCUUUUUUCUGUUGUCAUUUUUCAUUGUUCUAUAUCUUUUGA